GCUGUCAUCUGGCGACCAAUAGAAAAACUUAAAAAGUAAUAAAGAAUAAUGUCAUAUGACAACAUCCAAAAAUUCAUCGAAAAACUAGUUUAAUCUUUUAAUCCUUUUUACGUAUAAGAAAAAUUAUGGCAACUGUUACGUUACGAAUCUUAUCAAGAAAUCUACAGUUAUCAAUUCUAUCCGCAAAUUUUCAACGGAGUUUAAAUACAAUUGAUGAGAUAAAACUGAAGCCGGAACAAGUUUUAUCUGAACAAAAUCGAAAAUCAAGCAUAGAAAAAUUUAAAAAAUUUCAACUAAACGUCAAAUACAAAGAUGAAACAAAUCAAGCGGCAGUUCUAGUACCAAUUUGCAUUCAUAAAGGGGAACUCGGUCUUCUGUACACCUUGAGAUCAUCAAAAUUGAAUUCAAAUCGAGGACAAGUAUCUUUCCCAGGUGGAAUGUACGACAAAACUGAUCGUGACCUAGAAGAGACCGCGUUAAGAGAAACUUGGGAAGAGUUAAAAAUACCGAAAGAAAAGAUCGACAUAUGGGCAUCAUGCAAUUUGUUUCCAGCUAAGAAUCUAACAGUAAUGCCAGUAUUGGGCUACGUGGGUGAAAUUGAUCCAGCAAAUUUAGAAAUAAAUCCAGACGAAGUUGAAGAAGCCUUUGUCAUAUACCUGAAAGAUUUUUGUAAUCCAUCUUUAUGUCGUUUUACACACUUUCGCAAUGUCUCCAUGUUACCUACUUAUCUCGGUGGUAAACAUCGUGUUUGGGGUCUCACUGCUGCUAUCACUCACGUAGUUUUAUCUUCCUUGCUACCUGGAAUUUAUAGGCAUGAUGUUAAUGUUAGAUUUAUGAUUCCAUCGAAAUUUAAAGUAACGAAUAAAAAUAGUAUACAAUAAUUUUGUAUAGUUUUCAAUUAAUAUUUAUUA